CGGGGCGGGGCGGGGCCCUCGGCGGAGCCGCCGUGCCUGCGUCCACUCGUCCCCGCAGCCGAGGGUGGGCGCCGGUCUCCCGCGGCGCGCGAGCGUGAGCCGGACGGAAGGAAACUUCGGGGUGCCCGGAGGGCCAGCCGGCGGGGCAGGCGGUGGGCUUUUCGGCGUGGUCGUUGGGGUUCGCAGCGCCAGGAAGCGAGAUGUCGAAGCCGCCACCCAAACCCGUCAAGCCAGGGCAAGUUAAAGUCUUCAGAGCUCUGUAUACGUUUGAACCCAGAACUCCAGAUGAAUUGUACUUUGAGGAAGGUGAUAUUAUCUACAUUACUGACAUGAGUGAUACCAAUUGGUGGAAAGGCACUUCUAAAGGCAGGACUGGACUAAUUCCAAGCAACUAUGUGGCUGAGCAGGCAGAAUCCAUUGACAAUCCAUUGCAUGAAGCAGCAAAAAGAGGCAACUUGAGCUGGUUGAGAGAGUGUUUGGACAACCGAGUGGGUGUUAAUGGCUUAGACAAAGCUGGAAGCACUGCCUUAUACUGGGCUUGCCAUGGCGGUCACAAAGAUAUGGUGGAAAUGCUAUUUACUCAACCAAAUAUUGAGCUGAACCAGCAGAACAAGUUGGGAGACACUGCCUUGCAUGCUGCUGCUUGGAAGGGUUAUGCAGAUAUUGUUCAGUUGCUUCUGGAGAAAGGUGCUAGAACAGACUUAAGAAACAACGAGAAGAAGCUGGCCUUGGACAUGGCUACCAAUGCUGCCUGUGCAUCUCUCCUGAAAAAGAAACAGGGAACAGAUGCAGUUCGAACAUUAAGCAAUGCCGAGGACUAUCUUGAUGAUGAAGACUCCGAUUAAUUUCCGUCUGGAGCUUUGGAUCUAAAACUUCUGUUGCUUUUGCCUUUCUAAAGCUUUAUCUUUGCCAGAAGAGUGUUGGUAACUGUAAAAAAAAAAAA